AAUGCACCGUGUGCAUUUCAGAUUGAGUACGCUGUGUCUGUGUGGGAAAUGGACCGUGUGCAUUUCAGUUUGUGUACGCUGGGUCUGUGUUGGAAAUGCAGCUCAGUGAUUGUGCCCUGUGUGUACAGCAGGCCCCUGUUAAAGGCAGUGUGGAGAUGAAGGGGGUGCAGAGGGUGGAGUUGGGGACCCUGCUGCAGGUCACCCAGGCCUUGGGGGCGGUGGUGGGCCCGUGCUUCGGUCUGUCCGGGGGCCAGGUCCUCUUCACUCGCAACUCUGGAGAGGUCCUCAUCACCAGGGAUGGCCGCAGGAUCCUUACCUUGCUUCGGCUUGACCAUCCCGUUGCCAGAGUCCUGGUGGGAUGUGUAUCAGCACACUGUAAGAUCACGGGUGAUGGAGCCAAGUCCUUCCUUCUCCUGCUGGGGGCGCUUCUGCGGGGUAUCCACGGCGACCAUCUCCACGGCAUUCAGGCCCGCCGCGUGGCUCACAUUCUGCUGUCCUUCCAGACGCUCGUUUUGGAUGGCGUGAUCGGGCAGGGCCUCGCCCCUCGCGCCCUGUCCCUUCUCCAGGACCCCGCCCACCUGCGCCCGCUCACGGACGCCUACUUCCGGGGAAAGACAGCGAGCUCCCACUGGGGGGUCCUGAGCCAGAAGGCCUGCGAGUUCUACCGCAGGUGGCGGUGUGAGCAGGACUGCACCGGCGUGACCCUGAUCGCCCGCCACUUCGCCGCGCUCCACACGCCCGUACCAGGCCUGCCCGUGAGCCGGUCCCGGGUCCUCGAGGGCCUGGUGAUCCACAGAGACUUUGCGGUGCGUUGCCCUGGCGACGGGCCGCUCCGAGCGCUGGCCACAAGCGUGCCGCUCCAGUCCCCUCUGGCGCCCCCUGGCGUCUCUCUGAACUUGCUGGCGCUGGACCUCGCUCGGCGGGCCGGCCUGUCCAUGGUGGAGUGCGUGGACAGUGACGAGCUGGCGCUGUUCUGUCGGCUGGCGGGGGCGGAGCUCUUUGCCGACCCCGGUGACUGGAGCCUGAUUGGAGAGGAGCACGUUGCCACGGUGACAUUCUGCAAGCCCGUGGUGCUGGGUCCCGACAGGUUGGCCCACGUGGGCUUCCCAGAGGGGCGGGGCUUGGCACCGCACUGCCUGGUUCUGUGCGGGCCCAGUCCCGGCCUGGCGGAGCAGUGCAGCACGGCCUUCUGCGGACUGUUCCGGAUGCUUCAGCGCGUGUACGAGCCUGUCCAGUCGCGUCACGCACACGGUCCUGUCCAAUCACAUCACCCACAGGGCAGGGAGGAGGACAGUGAGAACGUAGCUCAUUACAUGGUCAAACAACCCGGCCUACACAAUGGCACCAGGUUAGAUAGAGCACCCGCCAGCAUGAGGGACAAUGCCCACCUGAGCACUGACAGCACAGAGGCUGGAGGGCCACAGGCCAUUAUUGGGGACCCAAACAGGGGUGAGGGGCCACAGGCCCUCAUUAGGGACCCAAACAGGGGUGAGGGGCCACAGGUCCUCAUUAGUGACCCAAACAGGGGUGAGGGGCCACAGGCCCUCAUUAGCGACCCAAACUGGGAUGAGGGGACACAGGCCCUUAUUAGGGACCCAAACAGGGGUGAGGGGCCACAGGUCCUCAUUAGUGACCCAAACAGGGGUGAGGGGCCACAGGUCAGCAUUAGGGACCCAAACAGGGGUGAGGGGCCACUAUGUGCAGAACCUGAACAUCCAAUUCCGGGCUGGCUACGAAAUGGCAAGGCAUCAGGAGAGCGGCCCGGCGUCCAUUUUGGGGAAGGGAAAGAAGGAGCAUUGGGGACCCGUACCCGAGAAACAGGCCCCGCCUCUUCAGGUGUCCUAAUAGAGGCAGGAAGCGUGCUACCAGCAGGGGGCGCGUUUGAGUUCGUACUGCACCACUGCCUCCUGCAGCAGGCCUCCCAGCGGCGCUGCCCCGACCUGCGCGCGGCCUGCCGGCUGGUGGCGGGGGCUGUACUGAGCAUGCCCAGGCGGCUGUACCCCGGCCCACGCUUCCUGGAUGCCCAGUCACACUUCCUCAGGGCCUCUGGGGCCGCCCCCCCCAGCUGGAGGGUUCGGGGGCUGGAGUCCCUGGCCUGUAAAUACCAGCUCCUCCUCUCCGUCCUGCACACUGCGUCAAGCCUGCUGUCCGUGGACCUCAUCCUUCACACCCACAUCUGCAGCCAGGCGGAACACAGCCAGGAGGAGGCAGAAGAGUAGAAAUGUUCUGUCAAUCCUGUUUUUCAUUAUGCACAAAUUUGAAUGGCUGUAUGUAUUUAUACAAGUUCCAGGUCCUCCCAUGUGAUAGUAUAUUCAUACCUUAAGUAUGUGAAAUUGGGGCGGCAGGUAUGCCAUCCUGCAAAGUUACGUGUUGGCGGGGUGGCAUGCCCCAUACAUAUACAGCACCGAGAGUUUGGCACUUUU